AUGGCAGAACAACAAGAUAAGCCUCUUCACGAGCUGUUGUCUCGUGACAUGGUCGACAUCUAUGUCGGUCAAGAGAACACUCACUGGAUUUUGCACCAAAAGCUUCUGUGCUACCGCAGCAAGUUCUUCAGAAACAUCUUCCAGAGCAAGGAGAACAAGAACAGCCAAUAUGGUCUGCCCGACGAGGAAGAUGAGCCUUUCCGCCUGUUCGUUGGCUGGCUUUACAGUGGCUACACCCCCACUCCCAAGGAGGAGAAGGACCUUACUGUUCUGCUCGACUUGUACUUGAUGGCCGAGAAGUGGGAGAUCCGUGAUCUUACCUUGGAAGUCCUCAAAAGCGUGCGCAACUGGUACAAGGAGUCCGACACCUACCCUGCCCUCCGCCGCGUGCAAUACAUCUACGCCAACACCGACCUCGAGUCUCCCAUGCGCCAGCUGCUCAUCAGCAGUGUCGCAAGAAACCUGGUCACCAGCAACUCUGGCAUGCCCCCUCAAUGGGACAAGGCCCUCAGAAAGAACGGACAGCUUGCCGUCGACAUCAUUAUCGCCAUGCAGAAGUGGAACCUCGAGAAGGAGUCAAUCCCCGACCCAAGACAAGACUCAGUCAAGCCUAUCUUGGAGGACUCGGAGCAAGCCAGAGCACAAAAGAAGGACGAUGGCGAGCAAAACAACGAGGAGCAAAGCAACGAGGAGAACAGCGAGGAGAACGAGGAGGAGAACAACGAAGAGACCGAGGAAGGUGCCGAGGACGGUGAGCAGGAAGAGGGCGAGGAAGACAACGAGGAAGGCGAGCAGGAGACCGAGGAGCCGCAAGAGUAA